GCCUGUUUUGACCAGAAUGGAUAUAAAGUCGGUCGCCAGAGCGAGGUCCCGGUGCCCGAGGCGCUGCUGGUCCCCAACCGUGAGGUUUCCGGGGACCAGGUAGAGACCGACGAGCUUAGGCAGCGCCUCUGCUUGCAUGUGGGGCGGGUUUUCGCGGAGGACGUUACGUCCACCCACUCCUUGGCUUCCUUUCUGCGCGCUGAGUUGUGGGAGGAAGCCUCGGCUGCUCACGGCCAUUUGGGGGAUGCCCCCCCGAUGAUUAGUGAGGCUGAGGCAUUCGUCCGACAUAACACGCAUGAUUGCCUGGCGCCACAUCAUGAGAAGGACGACCGCGUCUUGCAGUUGUUCGCUCCGAAGUUCAUGGCUGGCCGUGCCCUCGCUAUCCUCCGAGUUUCAUCAAAGGGGCACUUGGAGGUUGAUCUCCUCCGAGGCAGUGGCGCUGUGACUCGGUGGGGCCUGGUGGUCAUCCACCGGGGUCAUAUGCAAGCCCUACCGCUCCCGUCGUCUCGCGUGCAAGAGCUUGUGGAGCACUUUUCUUCGCUCGGUCGCGUCGUGCGUGAUCUUGAGGUAUGCGGCUGGGCCGCUUAUCUGGAACAGGGCGAGGGCUACGGCACCAUGAUGCUCUCUAAGCAGCACCCUGCCGUUCAGGUGAGACAAUCCCUUGAGAUCCUGCCGAUGUCCCAGAACUCCCUCCGGGAUCGUGGCUUCGUCUGUGCAGAGCCCGUGGAGCUGUAUUCUGAUCCUUUGACUAUGCAGGGGACUCGCCCGGAGCAUGAUCUGACCGAUCCAGCAGUGGUGCAGCGCCUGCGUGACUUGGCACAGGCUGCACCAGCCCCGGAUGUCCCCAAUGUGUGGCAGUUUGGUUCGCCCUGUACGACCUUUUGCGAUUUCCAGCUCUUGAAUCAUGGCACUAGGAGCUUCUCCUCGCCCUCCGGGGAUGGUACUCGCGACGACGAGUUGUUGGGAAAUCAGUUCGCUGACUUGUCCGCGGAACUCUGUGAGACAUUGUUCAUGCACGAGCGGGAAUUUGCCUUCGAGAGUAGCGCACCGUCCGGGCGCUAUCCCAAAAUUUGGGAUCUGCCCGGCAUGCGGCGCAUGCGGCAGCGUACCGGCGCCCGAAUUGUGCCCAUGGAUAUGUGUGCCUGGUACCUUGGCGUCCGAAGGGAGUGG